CCUAAUAAUUAAGCUACUGCAUUGAAAUAAAGGUUGUCACACACCUGCCAAAACACUUGACUCAGAAUGCUGCCCAUUAUUGAUUUCAAGCAAUUUCGACCUGGUGUUGAAGCUAGUGACAAAGAAAUAAACGAAACGGCUAAGCUAUUGGUGGAUGCUUUGUCCACAGCAGGUUUUGCAUAUUUAAAAAAUUAUGGAAUAAAAAGAGAAACCAUUAGUGAAGUCAGAAACGCCGCGGAUCUAGUGUUCUGUUCACCAACUGACAAGAAGAACAUUUAUAAAAGAAACCCAGAAACCACUUUCGGCUACAUUGCGCUCAGUACAGAAAAGGCGAAUCUAGCUUUACCCACCGACUACAAAGAAGUAUUUAAUAUACCCGGCUCGGGUGUAGAUCCAUCUGUAGGCGCAAAAUGGCCACAUGAACUUUCACCAAACUUUGCUUCAUACUCGAAAUCUUUCAUGGAAAAAUGCAAGAGUCUGUCUUUGAGAAUUCUCGAAGUGAUCGCUGUCGGAUUACAGUUGAAGGAUCGCCAUGCUUUGACGAAUGCCCAUCAAUUUCUAAACCAAAAAAAUAGUAUGGGUACUCUUAGAUAUGCAUAUUAUCCACCAAUUAAAGACGAUGUUAAACCCGAACAAAGACGAGUAAGCGAACAUUCAGAUUGGGGUUCGAUCACUUUGCUCUUUGUUGACAGCAGUGGCGGAUUACAGAUUGAGACGGAAGGGACAUACAAAGAUGUCCCUGUAAUAGAAGACACGAUUUUGAUCAACAUUGGAGAUGCGUUGGAAUUUUGGACAAAUGGGAAACUGAAGUCGACAAAACACCGUGUUAAUAUACCAGACGAUGAGGUAAAGCGAAAUUCAUCUCGAAGGUCGAUUGUAUAUUUCGCUUUCCCUGAUAAUGAUGUCGUGAUCAAUCAACCUCUUCAGUUCAAGGGUGAUGCAGAUGUUCCGGAUCCUGUAGAAGAACCGAUAACAGCUUUGAAAUAUUGCGAGAUCAAAAUGAAAGAAUAUUUUUCAACCUAGUUACAAAGUGUAAAAAUGUUUCUUGUACAAACGCUGCUUCUCCGAUAUUUAUGUAGAUACUGUGGAAAAAGACGGGACACGCUUAGCACAAUAUAUCCAAAAAUGCUGAUCGUGUUUUAAACAACUAACAACGGUCAGUGGAAUUCGUGAUGGUUUUAUAUUUCUUUGAAUAUUCGGUUUUAUAUUACGAUUUUAUAAUUCUUUAACUAUUCUUUGUUUACUAUCAAGUGAUACGAUUAAAUAGAACGAAAAGGUGUCCCAUCUUUUCUCACCCUAUAUUAUACUAAAUCGCAAAAUGUUAUUUACGGUAAUUUUAACAAAUGUUGUCUAUAUUGCUUUUCUUUUUUUGCCAAGUCGUAUGUCUUCGUACAAGUGUGUUUAAAUCUAAUGCAUUGCGCACUACAUGCGUAAAGUGGUUCGUUGGUCUUGCAUAUUAUAGCUUAGUUAUAGUGCAUGCGCUUGCUAUAGCAGUUACAAAGAGAUUGUGUGUUGUUUUUUUGUCAGAAAAAACUGUAUGUGAACACUUGUAUACCUCCGAUGCAAUCGUAAACAUUUUUAGGAUUACAAGGUUCACAUAUUA